CUGCAGAGUGUUCAACUACUUAUACAUGAAGUUUGAAAAAUGUCGUCGGAUUAUUCCAGUUUCUUCACCAACAAACGAGUUAUAGUGACAGGAGCCGGCAGAGGUAUAGGCCGUCAAUUGUCGUUGACCUUGUCCAAAUAUGGGGCCCACGUGAUCGCGAUAUCGAAGACGGAGCCGGCUCUCGCCACAUUAAGGGAUGAGACCACCGAGAUAAAGACGUACUGCCAGGACAUCCGAGACUGGGACACUAUGCGUGCAUUACUGAAGGAAAUAGGCCCAGUGGACAUGCUCGUCAACAACGCCUUCAGCAAUGUGCAGUCAGCCGUGCUCGACUUUACGGAAGAACACUUUGAUAGUAUAAUGGAGACGAACGUUAAGGCACCUUUCAAUAUCACACAGGUGGUGACCGCCGACAUGGUUGCAAACGGAAUCGAAGGUUCUGUCGUAAACUUGUCCAGUAUUGCCGGAAUGAGAGCGUUCAUGAAUAUGGGACUGUAUUGCACGUCAAAAGCAGCACUGGACAUGAUGACGAAGAGCUUUGCUCUCGAGCUAGGCUGUAAAAAGAUUCGAGUGAACAGUGUUAGUCCAACAGUGGUGAAGACAGAAGCCGGUAUGGACUAUAUGAACAAAUACCCGGGCUUGAGAGAUGACUUUCUGGCAUCCAUUCCAGCAAAACGUCUCGUCGAGAUUGAGGAGGUGGUGGACCUGGUUGUGUUCCUGCUAAGUGACCGGGCCAGAAUGAUCAACGGCUCCACCAUUCCCAUAGACGGCGGAAACACGGUCCACUGCAUGCGGCUGGAGUGAACCGUACACAGCAAACUUAUUUUAGUGUUGAAUGCUUUACGGUGACUUCAUUCAUAUUUCAUUUAAUGUUUAUGUCUUGUUCAUACCGAGCUUGGCAAACUUUUGCAUUGUGCUACCUCUGUUAGGAUUUCCUAUCAAUUUUACAAAAUAUAUAUUAACAUUUUAAACUAGUGAGGCUUUGGCAAAUCUGUUCACUGCCAACAUAGGGUGAAGUGCGGUGUCAAACACUGAAAAUAACGAGACGGGUCAUUGCUUUUGAAGUAAUUAUAGUACGUACUUUGUAAUUCGAGUUCUUGUUGCUUCAAUUAUUUACGUCUGUGAUAUGCGUCGUUACUGAUGUACUUAACAUCAUCAAUAUGGAACAAUUGAUCUGCCUUUGUUCCUUUGAUAGGCAAACCAGUUAUGGUAUUAUUCUCGGCUUCUUACCUUUUUCUCUAAUUGGGACCAUGUCAACAUAAACAUACAGUUUGUUUCAGACAACAGUUGUCUUUAAGGGAAAUAUCGUAUUGAUAAUAACAAAAUAUAAAAUUAUCAAUGCAAAACUAGCGUCUCGUAUAUUGUAUGUGUAUUGACGAACAUCGCUGGUGCAGGCUGUAAAAUAAAUGCGACUUGUGCGAGCCAAAUCA